UAAUUCCAUUUUAUUGUCCGUACUUUUUUGAAGAGAUGGCGCUACUAAUUAUGUGCUAAAAGUACCUUGUCUUGUAACAAAACUUUAAUUCUAAUAUAAAGUUAUGUGUUUCGAGCUGAAGUUUUAAAAUCUAAAUUCUUGUCUUUAUAAUUAUAUUCAAUUAAUGAAGCAAUAGUAUCGUUAUUUAAUUGUUAUUUAGUUGUGAUAUUAAUAAAGUGAGAUAUGGUUGUUACGAAAAAUUUUCAGCUUCCUUCGGACGAAGAAUUAAAUACUCAAGAAAUAAACAUCAGUUGGCCAUAUAUUCAUGCUGCUGCUGUAUUUCUUGGAAAAAGAUGCGAAUGGUUUAACAAUGAAUUUAUGUUAUGUAGAUAUGAAUUAAAAGAUCCUCGUAAAUGUUUAAAAGAAGGAAAAGAUGUAACUAAAUGUGCAUUAGAGGGAUUGCAAGAUAUCAAGAAACACUGCCAAAAUGAAUUUGAAGCACAUGUAAAUUGUGUUGUAGAAACAUCUGCAACAGGGAGCAAUGAUAAACAUUGCAGAAAAACCAGAAAAAUAUUUGAUGAUUGUAUGAAAAAGAAUUUGAAUUUAGAACGACCACCAUUUGGAUAUUUUUGUGAAGCUAAAGUACAUGAUUCACCAAGACCAAAACCAUCAAAAGAGAAGACAGAAUAUCCAGAUAAAGUACCUGAGCCAGUAGCUCCACCAUAUCCUCCUUCAAAAUAUCAAGGACGUCAAGGUUUUAAUAUCUAAUGUUUGUUAGUAUUGUUACAAGUUUUUUUAGUUAAAAUAUACUACAAACUUAAAAGAACAAUUGUCAUAUAAUAUGUAUUUGUUCUGUAUAAAAUUGUGAAUAAAUACAAGUAAACAUAAUACAUACAUUGAAAAUUAAA